AUGUCAAGAAGACACCAUUAUGGACAUGGCAGAAGACCUGCUUAACCUACAUCAUGGACAGCUGCUGUCGUACUUAAGAGUGUACCAGUUGAGAGCAACACAAUGUGGGUUGUUUCUGAAAUGGGAGCAUAUUCUUUAUACUAUAAUCCAGUCAUUCAUGAUAAGGAAAAUAUGGAAUUAGUCUGUUAGCUAAUAGAAAAAAAUGUAUAUGAAACAGCAGGACCUUAAUGGGAAGCAAGAGGAGGAUGCUGUAGAGUUGAUUAUCAUUUCUUCAUCUAUGCUGCAGAUGCUUUAGGCCAGAAAUUCUUCAGAGAAAAUUUCAAGGAAACAGCCAUCAGUUAGGUACUUGUACCAGGCAGCUAAAUCACUUUAAAUACACAUGCGCACAUUAUCUAAAAUAUAUUCUGCUGCUGCAAAGAGAAGGGAUGUACCAUUUUUUGA